AAUAAUUUUUUAUUGUUUGAAAAGAACACAAAAUUUUUUAAACUAUUUUCAAUAGAAAAUUUUUGAAGUUGAAAUUGUUGAAGUUGUUGCGAUUCUCCUCGCCUUCCAUACCAGCUUCCGUUCAGGUCUGUCUCUCUGACGACAUUCCAUCGCCAGUCGACCGCCAUCGCCGCCAUUUCUCUCCUUCCCUUCCUUUGUGGAGCCUCUUUUCCUCUCUCCACUCGAUUGCAGGUCUGGUGUUAAAAGAAAUAGAAUUUGUCUUUGCAAUUUUUUCAUUCCUCCCUCCCUCUCUUCCAUUUAACCUUUUUAUUGUUGAAUUCAAUUUUAACGCCCUCUCUGUGCUCACCCCUAACGCCCUCACCUCAAAGUGCCUCGCCUCUGAGCUCCAUCCAGGCAUCCACUUCCAGCGGCGCUUCCACCAUCCACCGUCCAGCCUCUAGUCUUUUUCUGAGUAGAGCCACCGGCCAUGCACGCAUCUCGCCGCGAGAUUCUCACGCCUGUGCCUCCACUCUCCUCCCGACUGGACUGAUUAACCAUCGUCGAUUAACUUUCGUCUCGUCACUCUUCACUAUGCUGCGGCUGCUGCGGGACUCGGCGACGCUGAAUCCUCCUCAGUCCUCACCUCAGUCCUCUAUUGCUCUUUAGUCUCUCUUUCCACGCAAUCAUCGGCGUCGGCCGUCACUCUUUAUCGGCUCUCCACGCAUCGUUGGGCCGUCGGCAAUUUGGUCGUGCUUCCUCAGUCCUCAGUCCUCUCCGAGUCUCUGUGUGGCGCUUCCAGCCUUGAGCCUUCCACAGUCCGUGGACCAAACUCCGGGACCAAAAGUGCCUCUCGCGCCUCCAGCCCUCGGUUGUGUCGUACAUCGCUGCCUGCCAGUGCCACCGUGCUGUUGAACUUGAAUAAACUGUAGAAGAAAGAUUGAAGGGGAAGGCAUCAAGGCACUCAAACCAGUGAAAGAAAUCACUUUCCAAAUAAAGGGUUGACGCAGCACCAAAGGCAAUAGAGUGGAGUGGUAAGCAGGAAUUUAAAGGGUUUGGCUUGCCUUUUUUCUUUCUCUCUACGAAGACGGUUUCUGUAGAAAGCAAGUUUCGGACAUUUGGAAAUUUUCCUUUAGUCUCCUCUACUACCUGUAUGACCUCCUCAUACCAGGAAACCACUGUCAUUAUGGAAAAUGGGAAAGAAGCUGAGCUUAAAAGUUUCUUGGAAGUCCUUCCCUCAGUAGAAUUUUGCUGCGUCUAUGGCUCAGCGCUCCAUCCAAAUAAUUAUGACAAGUCAUCCAUGGUAGAUUAUAUUCUUGGUGUAUCAGAUCCUCAACAAUGGCAUUCUGAGAAUUUGAAGUUAAAUGGAGAUCACUAUGCCUCAUGGAUGGUGCAUUUUGGAGGGGCAAAACUGAUAACUGAAGUUGCAGAAGAGAUUGGUGUUGGCGUGCAUUUCAAUCCUUUCAUAACAUGGAAGGGGAAGAUGCUCAAGUAUGGGGUUGUUAGAAUGCAUGACUUGGUUCAGGACAUAAUGAAUUGGAAGAGAUUCUACUUGUGUGGUCGUCUACAAAAACCGGAAGAUCUGUAUUCCAAAAUAUGUAGUCUAUCGUAUAUGGGAGACUUGCGCAUGCUUUUUGCGGAGGACAAAAACAAGGUGAAGAAGAUUGUACAAGGACAAUUUGGUCUAUUCCAAUCAAUGUAUACACCAUUACUUCAAGAAUACGAGGCCAAAGAGUUACUAAGAUUCUCCUCAUUCAAUAGUCAUCAGGCAAAUAUCUCUCAGGAUUGUGGUUUGUCGGUAACUCGCUCUCUUGUUCGUGCUCUUCCACCAUUAGUCAGAAGCAAAAUGGGGAUGAAGCUGGGAGAGGAAAACGUUUUGACUGAUUCUGGAAGAGUUUUACGUGAAGUUUUGAUUGGUUCAAGAGAAGAGGCUGCAAGAUGCAUGCAAAACGUUAUAAGGCGUACAGUCAUGGUUUCCAGUUUAAGACAGGCUGCCUCUGGUCUCCUGGCUGUUGGCGGUAUUAAUUCCACUAGAUAUCUUGCUAGUAAAAUGCGCAAGGCUUGGAAAUCAUGGACUUGAUUUUGUGCAAAUUUUAAUUCCUUUGGUUUCCUAGUAUAUUGAAAUUAGUUCUGCUAGACUAAAGGUAUGUAUUUCUUACGUGCAGAGGUAGAAACACAUAGUAAAGCGUGGGUAUCUAAAAACUAGGUGAAUAGAUUCUGAGAGCAAGUUUUGUUUUGCUAAAUGCUAAUCCCUUUUCAUAAUCUUGUGCGAGAUGAAGCGUUUUAUUUUGUUGUUUUUGCA